AAAAGAGGAGCAGACCUCUCUGGAGCCCAGUUGAAGACAGUCACAAUGAAGUUCGUGAUCUUGGCCUUGUUCGUUGCUGGCGCCUACGGGUGCGGUCUGCCGACCUACACCCCAAUCAUCACCAGAGUGGUUGGUGGAGAUGAUGUCCGUCAGCACAGCUGGCCCUGGCAGGUGUCUCUGCAGUACAAGAGUGGUAGUGCCUUCUACCACACCUGUGGUGGCACUCUGAUCUCCAACCAGUGGGUCCUUACCGCUGCUCACUGCAUCGGAAGCCGCACCUACAGGGUCUACCUGGGAAAACACAGCCUGCAGUCCGCCAACGAGCCUGGCUCCGUGGCCAUCACCCCCGAGAGGAUCAUUGUCCACGAGAACUGGGACUCCGCCAACAUCCGUAACGACAUUGCUCUGAUCAAGCUGUCCACUCCCGUCGCCUUCUCUGACUCCAUCCUGGCCGCUUGUCUUCCCGCCGCUGGUGAUGUCCUGGCUCACGACUCUCCCUGCUACGUCACUGGCUGGGGACGUCUCUGGACCGGAGGCCCCAUUGCUGACAUCCUGCAGCAGGCUCUCCUCCCUGUGGUCGGUCACUCCACCUGCAGCAGGGCCGACUGGUGGGGCAAUCUGGUCACCACCAACAUGAUCUGCGCUGGAGGAGACGGAGUGCUGGCUAGCUGCAACGGAGACUCCGGUGGCCCUCUGAACUGCCAGAGUUCCGAUGGCUCCUGGGAGGUUCAUGGUGUGGUGAGCUUUGGCUCAAGCAUGGGCUGCAACUACUACAAGAAGCCCUCUGUCUUCACCAGGGUCAGCGCCUACAGUUCCUGGAUCAGCAACGUGAUGGCCUCUUACUAAGAUGUGUAUUGGUCUUUUGUCAUACACUGUUAAUUGUUGCAACAUCAAAUAAAGAAUGUACUGGCAAAUACAUAAAA